AUGGUGCCCAUGUUCAUAUUACUCACCACUGUCCAAAAUCUUGUUGUCAUGUCGUGGAUUUCCUUCAGUGGAAACGUGCUUAUAGUGACUGCGAUGGCAAUUGUAAUCGUGCGAUUACUUAUAAUGCCGCAUAUUCCAAUUUCAAAUCUCAAUGGUGUGACCACGAUUCCAGAUGCUGCAGUAGCUGCCGGGAGUAUAACGUAUGCUUAUCUUGCGCAAGCUGUGGUGCUACCUCUUGAGAACCAAAUGCGUAAUCCACAUCGAAUGCUUGGAUUUUUUGGAGUAAUUUCAAUGGCAGUGGUUUUCGUCGGCGUACUCUAUGGAGCAAUGGGAUUUUUGGGUUACAUCACGUAUGGGUCAAAGAUUGAGGGGAGCAUCACACUCAACCUCUCUAAUGAACCUCUCGAUUUAUCAGUCAAAGUGAUGCUGCUUAUCAUGAUGUAUUGUGGCUAUCUAAUCCAACACUAUCCCAUUUUCUCAAUGAUUUGGCCAAUGGUACAGCGCUUGCUGACAAGGUGCACCAACUUGGGCAUCUACUGUAGCGAACUACACGCUUCGCUAUGCCACAGUUAUUAUGUCAUAGCUGAGCAAAACCUGAGGCAAGUCUUGCUCGCAAUCACAAUCCCGAAUCUCGAGGAUAUUAUUCCAAUCAUCGGUGCCACCACCGGAAUGCUAUUGGCGUUCGUCUUCCCACCCACAUUAGAAUCUGUCAUCUUCUGGGAACAAUGGAGGAAACGUGGCUAUUUCACAUUGAUUUUCAACCUCACACUCAAUAUUGUUUAUAUUUUAAUGGGUAUAUUGUUUCUCAUAAUGGGAGUUCAUACUAAUAUACAAUCCAUGAAGAAUUCAAAGCAUUCCUGA